AUGACGCCUGUACCAACUGGAUAUGAGCUGGUGGGGGCCGUCCGUAACGAAAAUGCUGCAUUGUGGCGAAUUUACCAGGUUUCCAAGGAGGUUACGCGAUUGCACUGCGCCGUACCUCUCAAGGAAGCGCCGUUCAAGAAAUGGACGCCGCUUACAAUGGAGGCGGGUAAAGGCCUGGACUGGGCUGACUUUGACUACUGUGAAGAUGCAAAUGAAUGGCUCUUGUUCCAUGCCAGCAUUCCCGAGGCACUGAACGCCAUCUGCCGUACUGGGUUCACCAUGGCCAAGCUUGGCUCUGGUGGGACAACGGGCGGAGGCGGCCUCUAUGGCGAUGGCACCUACUUUGCCGAUUCCAUCACCAAGGCAGAUGAGUACGCUCGGCGGAAGGUGGAGAAAGGUGCCUUUGCCGGAUGUCGGGCUGCGGCACUUUGCCGGGUACUGGGUGGACGGCAUUUCUAUAUGGACAAGGACGUGAUGGAAAAGGACAAGCCCAAAUUCGCCAAGAGAGUGCUCGAAGGACACUACAACAGCACUGUGGGAGACCGAUUGAAGGUGAAGAACACCUUCAGGGAGUAUGUGGCCUACGAUGCAGCGGCAACGUACAUGGAGUACAUCAUCUACUACCGGCGCAAAGGUGUGCCUGCCAAGCACGAGUGA